AUGGGAGCUCUACUCUCCUUGCCGCUGCUUGCGGUCCCCAGCAUGACCACCGUGUUGUCAUUUGCCGCCAGUUGCUGCGGUGCGGCGACUUGCUCCAUGGUUUGCAGUGCUUGCGGAAAAUGCGGCAACAGUGUCGCUACCCGUAUCGGAUAUGCUAUUCUCCUCCUAAUCAACUCUAUCAUCUCCUGGAUUAUGCUCACGCCAUGGGCUAUCGAAAAGCUGCAACACUUGAUGCUCGACUAUGUCAAAAUCAACUGCCCGAAAGGCGAGUGUUAUGGCUGGCUUGCUGUUCAACGCUUCGGAUUUGCUCUCGGAAUCUUUCACAUAAUCAUGGCCGGACUUCUAUUUGGCGUCAAUUCCUCAAAACAUCCUCGCGCCGCCCUCCAGAAUGGCUACUGGGGUCCCAAAAUGCUCGUCUGGGUCGCCUUUGUGGUCAUGUCGUUCCUUAUCCCUGACGAGUUCUUUGUUUUCUGGGGCACCUACAUCUCACUGAUUGGUGCCAUGCUAUUCCUCAUCCUUGGUCUCAUUCUUCUGGUUGAUCUUGCUCAUGUCUGGGCCGAAUACUGCCUUGCUCAAAUCGAGGACACAGAUUCACGCUUCUGA